CUCAAAACUCAAAAUCAAAUGUAUCUCUGCAAUUAUUUACAUAUAUAUACACAUAUACACGAAUGUGUCUCCGCAGACCCAACAGUUGAACACAGUUUCCAUUUCAAACUCUCUCCUUCUUUCUUUUUUGCCCUAGUUUCUAGGGUUUAAAGUCCUUCUCCAGACCUCUCUGAUUCUUGGUAAUGCAUUCAAGCUUUUGGGGUGAAUAUCUGAACUGCAUCUUGGGGUUCUUGUUGAUUUUGUUUUCAAGUAUCUGUCUUGUUUUUGCUGGGAAUAAAGGUUUCUUCUUGAGGAUUCAGUCAUGCCCACUCUCGUUAACUACAGUGGAGACAAUGAAUUCCAUGCUGGGGGCUCUCAUUAUACAAAUCCCAUGUUGUUUCCGAUCGGACCACGAGCGGACGUCAAUGGCCCUUCCUUGUAAACGGGCUCGCAUUAAUGCCACAAUGCUCCCCAGCCGAAGCGAGUUUGCACAGAAUAUGCUGCCAUCAAUCGAAGUUCUUCCCGAUGAGUGCCUGUUUGAGAUCUUUAGGCGCCUCCCUGGAGGCAAAGAGAGAAUCUUUUGUGCUAGUGUCUCCAAGAAAUGGCUUAUGCUUUUGAGCAGCAUUCGCAGGACUGAAUUGUGCAAGAUUCCAGUUCUGGAAGAAACUGAUAUCGUUUCGUGUGAGGAAGACGAGGAUAUUGAGACUGAUGGGUACCUUACAAGGUCAUUGGAGGGAAAGAAAGCAACAGAUGUGAGACUUGCUGCAAUUGCUGUGGGAGCUAGGGGCCAUGGGGGGCUGGGGAAGCUUUUUAUCAGGGGAAGCAAUCCCAUUCGUGGAGUGUCAAACAUUGGUCUAUCAGCAAUCGCCCGGGGUUGCCCUUCUCUAAAAGUGCUUUCCUUGUGGAAUGUGCCCUCUGUUGGGGAUGAAGGUCUGUUUGAGAUAGCUCAAGAGUGCUGCUUGUUGGAGAACCUCAAUCUCUCUCAUUGUCCUUCAAUUUCUGACAAGGGUUUGGUUGCAAUUGCAAAGAAGUGCCCUAAUUUGACUGUUCUUAACAUUGAAUCUUGUUCUAAGAUCGGUGAUGAGGGCAUACAAGCUGCGGGAAAAUUUUGUCCCAGGCUACAAUCCAUCUCCAUCAAACACUGCCCUCGUAUAACAGAUCUGGGAGUAUCGAAUCUAUUUUUGUUGGCAUCUCCUGUCUUGACGAAGGUCAAGCUUCAGGCUUUGAGCAUCACAGAUUUGUCCCUUGCUGCAAUUGGAUACUAUGGCAAGGCUAUUACCAACCUUAUCCUCUGUAAUCUCCAGGGGGUGAGUCAGAGGGGCUUUUUGUUCCUAGUUGUUGCUCAGGGUUUACAGACAUUGGUGUCUUUGACAAUCACUUCUUGCCAAGGGAUAACUGAUGCAAGUCUCGAAGCCAUCGGAAAGGGUUGCACAAACCUGAAGCAAAUGUGUGUGCGUAAAUGCUGCUUUGUGUCCGACAAAGGACUGGUGGCUUUUGCUAAAGCUGCAGGAUCUCUUGAGAGCCUACAAUUGAUGGAGUGUAACAGGGUCACCCUACUAGGGAUCAUUGGAGCCCUCUCAAACUUAAGAAGAAACUUGAAAUCUCUCACCCUGAAGUAUAUGGGAGUGAAGGAUAUGGAAAUGAGGUUACCCAUGUUAGCACCUUGUGAUUCUCUUCGAUCCUUGUCCAUUAGACUCUGCACAGGAUUUGGCAGCGCUAGCCUUGCUUUGAUUGGAAAAUUGUGCCCGCAGCUCCAGCAUGUAGAUCUCAGUGGGCUGUGUGGGAUAACUGAUGCUGGGAUGCUCUCACUAUUUGAGAGUUGCAAAGAUGGACUUGUCAAGCUGAAUCUCAGCGGCUGCUUCAACUUGACAGACAUUGUAGUUUUGGCUUUGGCCAGGCUACAUGGCGGUACCCUUGAUAUGCUUAAUCUUGAUGGUUGCAGGAAGAUUACUGAUGCUGGCUUAAUGGCGAUUACAGACAACUGCUUGUUACUCAGUGAUCUUGAUGUGUCUAAAUGCUCAAUCACCGACACUGGUAUUGCAAUCCUGUCUUCUGCAGAGCACCUUAGUCUUCAGGUCCUUUCAUUGGCAGGUUGUUCUAAAGUAACAAACAAGAGCGUGCCUUUUCUUAGAAAGUUGGGAAAGACCUUGGUUGGUCUGAAUCUCCAACAAUGCAAUUCCAUCAGCAGCAGCAAUGUUGACUUACUCAUGGAGACUUUGUGGGGAUGUGAUAUCCUCUUCUAAUCGGUAAUGGAAACAGCGUCUUCUUUUUAUCAAUUAGGGAGAAUAUGAAGUAAUUUAACUACAUCUGGGAGUGAGUAACUCCUCAAUAACCUGAUACAUGGUAGAAAUCAACUUCUGUGCACGAAUGGGGAGUCUUAUUCCGCAUAUAGUUUUUGCCCUUUCAGCACAAGGGCCUGUGAGCAACUCAGUGGAUUGGUUGUUUUCAAGGAGACUUUGGCAGAUCACUUCUCCGUAGUUUUUUCCAAGCUUUCUUGACAUGGGAGAGCUUGUUGCAACUAUUUUGCCUUCAUUGAUGGGAGGCCUUCACUUUCUUGACCAUUGUCCUCAAGAAUACAAAUUACCAAUCACUGGAUUAGGGUUUCCAUCUCAUAUUAUACCCUUUUAUAAUUUUACAUUACGGUCGCCGGUCGGCGGAUUAUUUAGUUAAAUGCUAGUUCUUAUAAGUGUCUUUCAUUAAUGUCUACCAAUAGUUGGAGCUCUUUCAGGUGUUGUGACAUUGCUUAGAGGCUGUUUCAUGCUUGGUGCCUCCAUUUGUGGGUUGAAGUUUUCACCAAUUCUUGGCUUUGCAGGCUUCCCUACUCUAUGAAAUGUACUCAGCAACUAUGCUUAUUUAGUAAUGAAAUGUUAUAUUUCUCUAUCUGAUUAUGCAAAA